AUGGGUCAGGACUCAGGACUGCCGCUGCUGUUGAAUCUCAGGACGGCCUAUGAUUGGAGGUAUUCUUUUGAAUUGGCGGCUAAGGUCUACGGUGCACCUGCUCUUGUUACUUUCCGCAUCCCCACCAAGACUGCUCUACAGCAAACAUACUCGACUCCAAUACUACCUCUAGACAUCUUUGCGGAAAGACCUCCGACUGAUAAACUUUACUUGAGGUUGGUGGUUAUAUAUGGAUCGCUCGUUUCGGUGGUCUCGUUUGUGGUUCUGUUCAUUUAUCUGAUAGCUACACCAUCAAAGUCCAACGCAGCCAAAGCAAGCAGCAAGAAAAAGAGGUAA